AUGCCUAAGCAGGCAAGCUGGAUGCUAAGAAAGAUCUUGGCAACACAACCUACUUGGAAUGAACUGCAGCAACCACUUAAAGCUGGCAAGAGUAUAGUAAGACAAAUAUAUCUACAACUCUUGGAAUAUAAUGUGAGAGUGCCAUGGAAAUGCAUGAUGUUCAGGAAUGCAGCAAGGCCUAAAGCUAUUUUCACGCUGUGGCUCCAUAUUCAAGAUAGACUUCUUACAAAAGAGAGACUGGUUGCAUGGGAUAUGGACAUUGAACCUAAAUGCAUAUUCUGUGAUGCAUUACUGGAAACUAGAGAUCAUUUGUUUGUGCUAAAAGAUCAUCCAGGACCUGUAAAUUGGAACACUCACCUACAGUGGUUAAUUAAAAGUAGCAAGGGGAAUUCUCAAGCUGCGCAAGUGGUGAAAAUGGUUUAUACAGAGGGUGUCCAUGCCAUAUGGAUAGAGAGAAAUCAAAGGCAAUUUGAGCAAAUGAGCAGAUCUGUGGAAGUAGUAGCAAAGGAAGUGGCAGUUACAUGUAACAUCAGGGCACUACCUGGUAUUCAGCAACUUCUAAGACAGUACAUCUUCUAG